AUGGCACUGCCACUUGUAAUAUGCCUCUGUUCUUUCAUUCACAAACAAAUUCCUUCCGAUAAAGAUUCAUCACCCGAAACCACCCCUAAAUCGAGCCCCAAACGCCCUGAACAUGACCCAAACAUCAAUCCCUGCAAUCCUUUCUACAUACAUCCCGGCAAAAACCCCGGCGCCGUUCUUGUUUCUCCAUCCCUUGAUGAUCACAAUUACCACAAUUGGAGCAAGUCUAUGCGACGAGCUCUCACAUCCAAGAAUAAGCUCGGAUUCAUCAAUGGAAAGCUCAAGAAACCUCCUUUCUCCGAUCAAAAUUAUGAACAUUGGGAACGUGCAAACAAUCUGCGCGAAAGAUUUACAAAAGGUAACCAUUUUCGCUUCUCUGAUCUUCUUCGUGAACUGCAUUCAAUACAACAAGGCGACCGUUCUUUAUCUGCAUACUUCACCGCCAUGAAGAUCCUUUGGGACGAACUCGAAGAUUUACGGCCUACUCCAUCAUGUUCUUGCAUCACACCUUGUACCUAUGACCUAGCUAAAGCCGUUCGCAACUACAAACAUAUGGAGUACGUUACCUGUUUCCUAAAAGGCCUUAACGAUUCCUAUCAGAACAUUCGCACGCAAAUCUUGUUGCUCGAUCCUCUUCCCAGCAUCAGUCGCACUUAUUCACUAAUUGCUCAACAAGAAAUCAGCAAUCCCUCUGCCCUAGCCUCUACCAUUCUAUCGGCUGCAGCAUCACAAACCAAUAACUCUCGAGCCAAAGGCAAAAGCACGCCCAAAUCCAACAUGUUUUGCACCAACUGCCACAAAACCAACCAUACAAUCGAUACUUGCUAUUUCAAACAUGGGUUCCCACCUGGGUACAGAAGCAACAAUUCCAACAAAUCCACUUCUGACAGCAAGUCCUCACAACCACCAAAAUCAACCACUGACAACAAGGAUACCGGAAUCUCCAAAGAGGAUUACCAACAUCUUGUUCUACUUCUUCAACAAUCACGCAAGGACAAUCAAACUCCUAAAGAAGACAAAGCCAUAAUCUCAGGUAUAGUUCCAACAGGUAGUAUGCUCAAUAUUCCCUCUAUCUAG